AUGGCUAAGUUCAAAAACUACAAGACGAAGCCAAAGAACCCAUUGGGGAAGAAGAGAAAACGGAAGUUGGACGCUGAGGAUGCUAUGGAGAAGAGACAGAAGAAACUCGAUAAGAAGGCCAGGCAGGAGGCCAAAGGUGCUUUGAGGAGUGCAAGGAUGGAGGCUGCUGCUGCCGCUGAAGCCGCCUCUAGGGCCACCCACGCGGCUGUUAGGGAGGCCUUGACUGGCAAGACUGAUGGGCCAGCCGAGGACGUUGGUGAUUUCGAUAAACUGCUAAUGACAUUGGGAGUAGAUGCAGACAGGCUUUCUAGUGACGAUGAGGAGUCUGUGGUAGAGGAGCUGGUGGAGGAGGAGGAUAUAGUAGAGGAAACUGAAGGGUCUGUGGAGGGGGAAGGUACUGAGGGGUCUCCUGAGGGCCCAGCUGAAGGGACGGACCAGGACGGUGAUGCGCCUGACGAGACGAUCGAAGUGGAAGAAGGGGAAGAUGAGGCUGCCAGUGACGCCGGUAGCGACGAGGAGGAAGAGAGCUCGCAAUAUGUUGGUUAUUCGUCCUAUAACCUACAGGAGAUCCCCACGUUAGGAGACAUCUCGGAAGUCAAUAUCAAGAUCACGGACCAACUUGACCGUUGCAGAGUCUAUGGUACUCAUUCGACAGUCGAGCUCUUAGAGAAGAAGGAGGGCUUUGUCGACGUGUUGCCGAAGGUUCGACGCUCAUUCGAGGAAAGCGGGUGUACUAGCGAGUCUUUGAGCGAGGAGGGUCGGGCCUUGGCAUCCGCCCUGUCGACCUAUAGCGAUGUCGUAUACGGUGGGAUGAAUUAUCAAGCUCAGAGGGAGACUCGGAAGGUGGCCAUGUCACACGUGAUGGCACAUGUGGUGAGGGCCAGAAAUACUGUCUGGAAAAACAACGAGAAGCUGAGGAAGCACGCUCUCCUGGGAGAGAAGACGGAGGAGUUCGACUCUGACCCGUACCGUGACCAGGGCUUUUCGAGGCCCCGAGUCCUCAUCCUUUGCCCCUUCCGCAACGUAGCUCGGGAAUAUGUCCACUGGCUACUCAGAUUGGCCCCUAACAAUCAGCAAACUAUGAAUAAAAAGCGCUUUGAUGAGCAGUUCGGUACGGAGGAGUUCUCGAGCAAGACCGAACCGACCGAUUGGCGGGAUGGGAUCUUCCCAGAAGACGACUUCAACGAUGAUGACUUCCGUGUUGGUAUUCAAGUGGGCCGACGGAUGACCAGACUCUACGCCCCCUUCAACGCCUCGGACAUCAUCAUAGCGUCUCCUCUGGGCCUCCGCCUCAUCACAGGUGCCGAAGGAGACACCAAACGCGAAUUUGACUUUCUUUCCUCUAUUGAGAUGGUCCUCCUCGAUCGGGCCGAUAUCCUGAGCAUGCAGAACUGGGAUCAUGUCCUCGAGGUCCUCAAGAUCACCAACGUCCAGCCCUCGACGCUCCCUGAAGGCGCUGAUAUAUCUCGGCUCCGACCCUGGAUAGCUGACGGACUCGCGAGGAGGUUCCGCCAAACGGUGGUCCUCACGGAUACGUAUAAUCCGCUUAUGGACUCGGUCGUACAUGACACAUGGAGUGAAGGGGGAGGAGGUAACUGGCGAGGUUGGAUACGAAUGCUGCCCUCGACCAAGGUCGGCACGGUAGCCAAGUGCUCGGUUAAUCUUGGCAUUGCCAAGCAGUUGUUCAUGCAUGUUUCUGUUGAGGACCCAGCCCAGGCUUCUGAUAAGUACUUGAACUUCUUUGAGGAGAGGUACUGGAAGGAUAUUGGUUCUGGUCUUGGUCGGCUGGCCAUCUGCGUGAGCUCCUAUUUCGAGUAUCUUCGGCUGCGAGCCUUCCUCAAGAAGAACGAUGCCUCAUUCGUGGCGAUUGACGAGUACUCUUCCAACAAAUCGAUGGGCCGGGCUCGACAGUUCUUCCUCACACAGCAGAAGAAGGUGAUCUUAAUGACUGAGCGAUUGUUGUGGUAUAGGAAACUUCGAAUCAAGGGCAUUCAGCACUACUUAUUCUACGGUGUGCCGGAGCGCCCGGAGAUCUACGAGGACCUCCUCCGUGACGUCAGAGUGCCCAGCCAGUGCUACUCCACGUGCCUGUAUAGUGGCUGUGACGGCUAUGCUCUGGAGAGGCUCGUAGGGAGGGAGAGGCUGCCCAAGUUGCUUACUGCUCCUCCUGGAAAGGUUACUGCCUUCUCGUAA